AUGCCACCUGCACCGCCUGCACAUUCUCCUGCUCCCCCUGCUGACAUACCAGAUGCUGCUUCGGGGGAGGAGGCAUUUGCCCGGCGUGCGCAACUGCAUACAAACCCAGCCGAUACGGCUAUGGCCGACUAUACACCACCACCUCCCGCAGAGGCAUCCUCAGCGCCUGUUCCAGAUGACCCUACGGGUCAAGACGCUUAUCUGCGUCGCCUUCAGAUGUCAGCUGGACCUCAGCCUGUAGCAGAACCUGCGCCGCCACCACAACCACGGCCGCUAGAAGCGCUGCAACCUGCCUCUGCGACCAUUUCUCGCGCGCCCGUCCGCUAUACUUUACCUCCACCACCGGCAGAUAUACCUGCAUCAGAAGCAGAGCUUGAGGAAGUCUUCGCUAAGGAGCAACCAGUGGAAGGUGAGGGUGAAGGUGAAGCGGAGGGUCAGCGAUCACUUCGGCCCGGGCAGAAGGGAUUUGCUCAGCGUCUGCUUGAAAAGUAUGGUUGGACAAAAGGCUCUGGUUUGGGCGCGACGGGAACGGGUAUCGUCAACCCACUGCAGGUCAAGGUUGAGAAACAGAAAAAGCGGCCAGACUCAGAGGGUGGUGGCUUCGCCACGCCCGCUGGUAGGGGUAAAAUCAUUGGUGGUGCGAGGAAGAAAGAAGACGAAGGGAAGUUUGGUCAGAUGAGCGAAGUCGUUAUCUUGAAGGGCAUGUUAGACGGCAUGGACGUGGAGGCCGAACUAGAAGGCGAUCAGGACGGGGGCUUGAUGCAAGAGAUUGGGGAUGAGUGUUCUGAGAAGUAUGGAAAUGUCGAACGUGUCUUCAUUGCCCGCGGCUCUGCCCCUCCAGUUCCGGUAUUUGUCAAAUUCACCAAUCAGCUAUCUGCACUAAGAGCUGUCAAUGCCCUGGAGGGCCGAAUAUUCAACGGAAAUCCUAUCACAGCUCGGUUCUUUGACACACAGAAAUUUGAGCAAGGAAUAUAUGAAUGA